UUAUAGUUCGAAUCACACCGGUCGUCGUGCUCAGCGUCGUCGCACUACCAAAUAGUACAGUAUCUGGAACAUUCGACUCGUUAGCUGCCGGUUACUUAUUUGAGGCAGUUAUAAUUGCCUCGUGUAUCCCAAGCUUAUUGCUUCCAGGCUCCAGCCCACGCGCACCGGAACGUUUUGUCAGAGGAAAUCCCAGUCCACAUUGUAACCCCAUCACCCCGCGCAGACCUUCAAACCAUGUCCUCCAAUAAAGGCGGCCCAAAUCCCUACAACAAUGGCGCUCCUCCCAAAUACCUCAACGAUUUUAGCAAAGCCCUUGCGAGCGAAGUUCGCAUCUUGUUGGCAGAGGUAGGAAAGCUCAGAGAUGAGCGCAGGCAGCUUCAAUUUGAAAUUGCCGAACUUAUGGCCGUGAAAUCCAAACACGGCGCUGGAGGCGAAUAUUCUCCAGAUUGGAGGCCCCCACCCCAGGAGCCGCCUCCACCUCCCCCUGCAGCUUCCCCUCCCCCAGAAGAAGGCCCAACCGGCCCCGCUCGCCCAGCCUGGCGGGUCGUCCACAAACCAACCCAAAGACGAGAAAGGGCAGCUCCCAAGAGUCUCCCCGCUCCAGCUCCCGUUCCUGCAAUCGAACCUCCAAAGCCAAAUAUGCCCGCAUGGGCGCAAUGGAGGCCAAAUCCCGCGCAUGCACCGGCACCGAUGGCCGCGCCUAUUAUUUCGCCCAGGCCUGUGACGCCUGCCGCACGUCCCGGUCUUUUCGGUAUGUCAACGUGUCUCGCUCGAAAUGAAACAAGGCCAUGUCCAUAUUAAUCAACUUUUUUCAUUGUCCUCAAUUUCAGGCCCACCGACUCCUCCACCGAAAUAGAAGAAAUCGAACAAUUAUAGAGUCCAUCCAUCUAUAUCAACCGAUGUUUAUAUCCAUCAUCUACUGUCAUGUUUCAUUAUCUUGCAUGCUAUUGGAAGUCAGCUUGUCAUCGUUAUCCCUGAAUUGUACGAUGUGCAAUGGAGUGUGCACACAAUUUAUUUAUGUAUCUUGGCUACUAUACAAAUUAAUGAUCCGAGA